AAAAAGUGUACGGCUGACAGUCACAGUUGUGAGCGCGAAGCCGUUCAAGUCUAUGGCAGCGGGCAGCCGGGCAGCCCCUUCCACCGUUUCGGGCAGCUCUCGAAAACACUGCACACACAGCGCGCACACACGCCCAAAAAGAGAAAAACGAUAAUUAUCCCACACAUUCGCAUUCACUCAUCUCCACACUUUGCAGAAAGAGAGAGGGAGAAGAUUUGUAGAGAGAGAAUGGAAAGGGGAAAAGGGUAAAGCGCAAAAGGUUUGCAGAGGGCCGUUAAAGGUGCUGAAGAACAUAUAAUAUUGAUAAUCAAUGGAAGCCCCCUGAUACAGAAUUCGAUUUUUUUAUGCAUACGAAAAAAUCCCUUCUGAGUUAAAGUAUCUUUACUUUUUCUUCCUUUUGUUAUUUUUUUAUUUUCCUGUUUUUUUCUCUUUUGGGGCCAGAGUUGUUGGGAUCAGCUUCUUGGAAACCAAUGUUGGUGAGCUUGGGCCGACUUUAGUACAAUAUCUUCUGGGUUUCGGGGUUUUAUGUAAAUGCUGUGCCUUAUUUGUUCCGAUCUGAGGUUUAGCCUAGUGGGCGUUUGAGCUUAUAUUCCUGCUCUAUACGUAAUUGUCAACAUUUGUUAUGCUUAUUUUGGGGGUGAUGAAAGAGUUGAUGGGAAGAGAGGGCAUGUUGCCCCUUGUGAUUUGGCUGAUCUUGGCGGUUCAACCUCUGAGGUGUAUUUAUGCUAAUAUGGAAGGUGAUGCUCUACAUAAUCUUAGGGCAAACUUACAAGAUCCGAACAAUGUGCUGCAAAGCUGGGACCCCACACUUGUCAACCCAUGCACAUGGUUCCAUGUCACUUGCAACAAUGAUAACAGUGUGAUUAGAGUUGAUUUAGGGAAUGCUGCUUUGUCCGGUCAAUUGGUACCACAACUCGGCUUGUUGAAGAAUUUGCAGUACCUGUAUGUUUACUUGAUUGGUUUAAAAGAAUUGACNAGGGAGCUAUACAGUAAUAACAUAAGUGGGCCCAUACCCAGUGAUCUUGGGAAUCUGACUAAUUUGGUGAGCCUCGACCUGUACCUGAACAGAUUCAGUGGUCCAAUUCCAGACGCGUUGGGGAAGCUUCCGAAAUUGCGUUUCCUACAUUUGGACCUUACUCUUUGCUUUGUACUUUGUAAGGAUAGCCGGCUCAAUAACAACACCUUGACGGGUACUAUCCCAAUGUUGUUGACCAAUAUCUCAACCCUUCAAGUCUUGGAUCUCUCAAAUAACCUUCUUUCAGGCGCAGUUCCUGAUAAUGGUUCAUUUUCUUUGUUUACACCCAUCAGUUUUGCAAAUAACCUGAAUUUGUGCGGACCAGUCACUGGAAGACCAUGCCCUGGAUCUCCUCCAUUCUCUCCACCCCCUCCAUUUGUACCACCACCCCCAACUUCUUUGCCAGGUGGAAAUAGUGCCACCGGAGCCAUUGCCGGCGGAGUUGCCGCCGGUGCUGCUUUGCUAUUCGCUGCCCCUGCCAUCGCAUUUGCAUGGUGGCGCCGAAGAAAACCGCAGGAUCAAUUUUUCGACGUGCCAGCCGAGGAGGACCCCGAGGUUCACCUAGGACAGCUCAAGAGGUUUUCCCUCCGUGAGCUGCAAGUCGCAACCGAUAGCUUCAGCAAUAAGAACAUUUUGGGGAGGGGCGGUUUCGGAAAAGUGUACAAGGGGCGGCUUGCCGACGGUUCUCUGGUGGCCGUCAAGAGACUCAAGGAGGAGAGGACACCUGGCGGGGAACUUCAGUUUCAGACGGAGGUCGAGAUGAUUAGCAUGGCCGUACACCGUAAUCUUCUCAGGCUGCGCGGCUUCUGCAUGACACCAACCGAACGUCUGCUCGUCUAUCCGUAUAUGGCUAACGGGAGUGUUGCAUCGUGUUUGAGAGAACGACCACCUAACGAGCCUCCGCUCGAUUGGCCGACAAGGAAGCGAAUUGCACUGGGGUCCGCGAGAGGCUUGUCGUAUUUGCACGACCAUUGUGACCCGAAGAUUAUUCAUCGUGACGUGAAGGCUGCAAAUAUACUGCUAGACGAGGAAUUUGAGGCUGUGGUGGGAGAUUUCGGUCUGGCCAAGCUCAUGGAUUAUAAAGAUACGCAUGUGACUACCGCCGUUCGUGGCACUAUUGGCCACAUAGCUCCCGAGUACCUCUCGACUGGAAAAUCAUCCGAGAAAACAGAUGUGUUCGGGUACGGGAUUAUGCUUCUCGAGCUGAUAACUGGGCAAAGGGCUUUCGAUCUGGCCCGCCUCGCGAAUGACGAUGAUGUCAUGUUACUCGAUUGGGUGAAAGGGCUUCUGAAAGAAAAGAAGCUCGAAAUGCUGGUGGACCCGGACUUGCAGAGCAGAUACGUAGGAUCGGAGGUGGAGCAGCUGAUCCAAGUGGCCCUGCUUUGCACUCAGAGUUCCCCAAUGGACCGGCCUAAAAUGUCGGAGGUUGUGAGAAUGUUAGAAGGAGAUGGAUUGGCCGAGAAGUGGGACGAGUGGCAGAAAGUGGAGGUUCUUCGGCAGGAGGUGGAGCUUGCCGCACCACAUCCGACCUCCGAUUGGAUUGUGGACUCUACCGAGAAUUUGCAUGCCGUUGAAUUAUCUGGUCCGAGGUGACAAAUUCCUUCAAGCUACUACUAUAAGCUGUUUAUUAAAUGAUUUUUUUUUUUUUUUUUU